UUUAUAUAUAUAUAAAAUGAUAUUACUUUCAGAUGCUUUUCUUGUAAACUAGUGUGUAUUAGAUAAACCUUUUUUUUUAUAAAAGAUAUGAACAUUCAGAUUGAAAUUAGAGGUUGAUCACAUGUUUGACUUUUUACUUCAAGAAAAAAGUCAAAGAUCGAUAGAGGCAGCAUGUGGCCUUAUGCUCUGUUUGGAACGUGAAGAGAAGUGAAAAAAGGUGUGAUUACCAUAUCUUUCUUUCUGUAAUCACAUAUGCUAACAUAUCAAUAUAUUUUUCCAGGUUGUAACUGACUAAUUGGAAAAGAUCUGACCAGCUUAAUAACCCUAUAAACGUUAAAUAUUAGCUGUGAAUUUAUUGGUUUCUGAAAACGUUUUUCUUCUUGGUUUCUUCUAUGGUGUGAUAUCUUAUACUUAUGGAAGUCUUCAAUCUCGUUUUGGAAACAGUUUGUGCGGAUAUUGUCAAGCCGGAAGAGACACAGACAGAGACGUGUUCAAAAUUAAUAGAAUCUUUUAUAUAGUUCACAUCUCAUCUUGUGAAAUCUAAAGACGGAUCUUGAACAAAAACAUGCAUGGAGUUUGGCUUUAUCUCAAGAAGUCUGUUAGCUGCUGCAACGCUCAGAAACCAAGUGACGCUGUUUAUCCAGGAAAGAACCUAAUCCAGGAGAUGAAGGAUCCAUCCGGUCGCACAAGAUCAAUGUCGAAUCUGAGGAAUGAGUUUGUCACUUACGGAGAUGAGGGAGCUAUGCAGAAUCAAAGCUUCCGCAGCUCACGAUCUCUUGAGAGCGCCAAGUUUGUAAACACAACAAUGAGAUUUGAGGGCAGUGGCGCGGGAGCAUCUUCUUCUGAUUUGCUCUCCGGUCGUUAUUCUUCUGAGAGGUUUGAUGUCAUUGGCUCUGACAUAUGUGGUUUAGGAGCUCUCUCUUGUAGAAUUUGUCGCCAGAGAGUCAGAGAUCUUAAUGCGUUUGAGACUCAUUACCUUUCUAAUCACUGUGUCACUAGACUCUUAGAAGGAGACUUCUCAAGAACAACUGUAGAGUUAAUCUGCAACAGAGGCUACUACUCUCACAAGCUUGCAAAAACGAGAGGGAACAACAUUUCAGCGAUUCUAAAAGUCCAGAACCUGCAGAGAGUCGUCGCAGAGUUUGAGAACUACAGAGAACUCGUGAAAAUCAGAGCAACCAAGCUUUCGAAGAAACACUCUCGCUGCGUGGCUGAUGGGAACGAGUUUCUUGGGUUCCACGGCAAAACUCUCUCUUGCUCCCUCGGUUUGAGCAGCUCUUCGAACCUAUGUUUCUCGGAUCAAUGUGGAGUUUGUCAGAUUCUAAGACACGGGUUCGCUUCUAAAACUAGACCAGAUGGGAUUAAAGGAGUGCUCACAGCAUCGACUUGCUCUACAGCUCUUGAAUGCAUCGAAACGGAACCUGGAGGAAACAGAGGUGGUGGUGGAUUGAAAGCUGUUGUGCUGUGUAGAGUGAUCGCAGGGAGGGUUCAUAAACCUAUGAAGAAGUUUGAAGAUCCUAAUGGUUUUUCUGAGUUCGAUUCAUUGGCGUUGAAAGUAGGGCCAAACUCUAGGCUUGACGAGCUUUAUCUAUUGAGUACUAAAGCUCUGUUACCUUGCUUUGUUAUAGUCUUCAAGCCUCGAAACAACAACACCUCAUAAAUCAAAAUUUUAUUCUUUUGGUUCUUUUGUAUAAUUUUUCUUUUUAUUGCAACUCUACCUCGUUGCCAAACCCAAGUUUGUCA